AUGAUUCAGGGACCAUGUGGAACAUUAAAUCCACACUCUUCUUGCAUGGAAGAGAAUGGCUAUCCGCGAUAUCGUCGAAGACAUAAUGGAAUUACAAUGACAAGUGGCAAGUAUGAAGUUAAUAAUCAGUGGAUAGUCCCUUAUAAUCCAUACUUAUUAAUGAAAUAUAAUGCUCAUAUUAAAGUGGAAAUUUGUGCAACUGUCGAAAAUAUUAAAUAUUUAUUUAAAUACAUUUACAAGGAACAUGAUUGUGCUAACAUUAAAUUGGAACGAUCAAUUCAAGAAGGUGCUGAUAUCGCCCAAGAAACUUUAGAAUGCGAUGAAAUUGAAGCACAUCUUUAUGCAAGAUAUGUCAGUGCGCCUGAAUCUGCAUGGAGACUUUUUGAAUUUCCAUUACAUGACAAGUCUCAUGCAAUUAUCCGAUUAGCUGUUCAUCUUUCAAAUCAGAAGCCGGUUUAUUUCGCUGAAGGAAAGGAACGACAAGUCUUGGAAAAAGCUGCCUCAAGAGACACCACACUUAUUGCAUGGUUUAAAUUAAAUUCAAAAGAUCAAGAUGCUCGACAAUAUCUAUACCAUGAUAUUCCACAUCACUAUGUUUUUGAACACAAUGGAACAUGA